ACGGGAUCCCCACCGUGGAAGAUUUCCACCCGAAAGGUUAGUUUGUCUGGGCGGGUCGCUCCCUUCCCCUUCCAGCGUUCCCUGGGACGGCACUAUACUCACUUGGGGGUUAGUCCACUUGGUCACAAUCGCUAUUGAGAGCAUUGAGUCGCCCUGGGCUUAUUAGGAACCUGGUCCAUUUUCGCUCCGGAGAAACGGAGGUAACGGAGAGCGCACCACACGGACAAUGAAGCAGCACGUCCUCUGAUAUUUUUCCAUCCACUUAUGCGCCAGUGGCCACCAAGCGGGGAUUCUUCUGAAUGACGAUCAUCAAUAUGACCGACUAUCGUGCUGGCUGCCUGAGGGAAGGUGCGCGCUGAAGUCCAAAAAUAUGUGCUGUGGAGGAACCGUGGUGCUGGUGGCGGUUCUCCCCACUUGCGCCCGAUCGGAACUCGCAGGUUCGGUACGGAGUAUGGUAACCAAACACCCAGAGUUACAUCGUCUCGUCCCUUCCCGUAUCAUCAAAUUGGAUAAUACCAUGUUGCCAAAACUCUAUAUUACACAACACCGGGCAGUCGCAAUAUACCUAGUCCGUACUAGGUAGAGAAAGAGGUUGCCCGCUAGUGCAGACUGUGUUGCCACUGCCUUGCACAGCUAUAGAAUGCUUUUUGCUGUACCCCCAACCCUCUGUACACUUGAAAUCGAUGAGACUAUGGAACCGGACCCAAGGAUUCAGCCCCCAGUCAGCAAGAUCCAAGGUAAUCACAACGGAAAAAGCAACACGCUGACUCUUACCCUCUGCAACUCUAUUUCAUGACG